AUGGCAGGCUGCAGCAUCCUCCUCCUCCUCCUCCGCCGGCGGCUCCCCGCCCGCACCUGCGGCCGCGCCGCGUCCUCGCUGAGCGCUCUGCGGCCGGCGGAGACGCUGCCCGGGCCGCCCAGCUGGCCGCUGAUGGGCAGCCUGCCCGACGUGCUCUGGAAGGGGGGGCUCAAGAGGCAGCACGAGACCCUGGCUCAGUACCACCGCAGGUUCGGGAAGAUUUUCCGCAUGAAGCUGGGCGCCUUCGACUCGGUGCACAUCGCGGCGCCCUGCCUGCUGGAGGCUCUGUACCGCCGCGAGAGCGCCUGCCCGCAGCGCCUCGAGAUCAAGCCCUGGAAAGCCUAUCGCGACUAUCGCGACGAGGCCUACGGGCUGCUCAUCCUGGAGGGGAAGGACUGGCAGAGGGUAAGAAGUGCCUUUCAGAAGAAAUUGAUGAAGCCCCGGGAAGUUGUGAAACUGGACACGACCAUCAAUGAGGUCCUGGAGGACUUUAUGCACAGAAUAGAUGAAAUUUGUGACCACAAUGGCCAGAUGGAAGAUGUCUAUUCAGAGUUCAACAAAUGGUCUUUUGAAAGUAUCUGCCUGGUGCUGUAUGGGAAGAGGUUUGGCCUCCUGCAGCAGGACGUAGAAGAAGAAAGUCUGAACUUCAUCAAGGCUGUAAAAACGAUGAUGGCCACUUUCGGGAUGAUGAUGGUGACCCCUGUGGAGCUGCACAAGGGGCUCAACACCAAAGUCUGGCAAGCUCACACCAAAGCAUGGGAUGAUAUAUUUAAAACAGCCAAGCACUCCAUCGACAGCCGGCUGCAGAAGCACUGUGCCAGCCCCCAGGGGGAUUUUCUGUGUGACAUCUACUCGGGGGGACAGCUGUCCAGGAAGGAGCUGUACGCUGCCAUCGCGGAGCUGCAGAUCGCCGGCGUGGAGACGACAGCCAACAGUUUGCUGUGGGCUCUGUACAACCUCUCCCGCAAUCCACACGUCCAGCAGAAGCUUUUCCAGGAAAUCCAGAGAGUUUUGGCUGCUCAGAAGAGCCCGAGUGCUGAGAGCCUGAGGAGCAUGCCCUACCUAAAAGCCUGUCUGAAAGAAUCCAUGAGAUUAACCCCAUCAGUGCCUUUCACCACCCGCACCAUCGACACAGAAAUGGUGCUGGGAAAUUACAUGCUGCCCAAAGGGACCGUGCUGAUGAUCAACAGCCACGCCCUGGGCUGCAGCGAGGACUACUUCAGGGGCUGGCCCGAGUUCAGGCCCGAGCGCUGGCUGCACAAGGGCUCCAUCCAUCCCUUCUCCCACGUCCCCUUCGGCGUCGGCAGGAGGAUGUGCGUGGGGCGCCGCGUGGCCGAGCUGCAGCUGCACCUGGCCCUCUGCUGGCUGAUCCGCCGGUACCGCGUGGUGGCCACGGACCGGGCGCCGCUGGAGACGCUGCACUCGGGGAUCCUCAUCCCCAGCAGGGCCCUGCCCAUCGCCUUCCAGCCACGAGCAGGGCCACAGCCCUCCUGA